AUAAUCGGAGAAAUAGGCGAAGGGCGGAGCGACACGUGUACUCUGAGUUUAGUCGAAGGAAUCGAGACGGCCGAGCCAUUUAGCGCAUCGUUUACCUGGAAAAAACUGAACCAACUCAUUUGCGGUCCAUAAAGCGUGAUAUGGCGGACAAGGGCGUCGGACAGAUGUCGAUCAAAGAGCUGUAUGUGUCUGAUAAACAUGGCAGUGAUUUGGACGGAGAUGGAUCAGAGCAAAAGCCCUUUAAAACUCCACUCAAGGCACUGUUGUUUGUUGGAAAAGAACCUUUUCCAGUGAUCUAUGUGGACUCGCAGAAGGAAGGAGAGGGUUGGGUCGUUAUCUCUAAGACUCAAAUGAAGAACACAAUGAAGCUCUUUACCCGAGAACAAAUGAAGACUGACAGCAAAGAUAAGAAGGAGGCUGAAGAUGCUGAACGCAGAGAGAAGAAUCUGGAAGAAGCUAAAAAAAUCACCAUCAAGAAUGACCCCAGCCUUCCUGAACCUAAAACCGUGAAGAUUGAUAAGCUGGAGGCGCUCAGAGAGCAAAGGGUGAAGGUGUUUGGUUGGGUCCAUCGGUUACGCAGACAAGGAAAGAACCUCCUGUUUAUUGUGCUGCGUGACGGAACUGGUUUCCUGCAGUGUGUUCUCACGGACAAACUGUGUCAGUGUUAUAAUGGACUGGUGUUGUCUACGGAGAGCACUGUUGCUCUGUAUGGAACAGUGAAGCCUGUUCCUGAGGGCAAACAGGCUCCAGGUGGCCAUGAGCUUCACUGUGAUUUCUGGGAGCUGAUCGGUCUCGCUCCGGCGGGCGGCGCGGAUAACCUGCUGAAUGAGGAGUCCGACGUGGAUGUGCAGCUGAACAACAGGCACAUGAUGAUCCGUGGGGAAAAUGUUUCCAAGAUCCUGAAAGUCCGAUCAGCUGUCACGCAGUGUUUCCGGGAUCAUUUUUUCAACCGCGGAUACUGCGAGAUAAGUCCACCCACUCUGGUGCAGACGCAGGUGGAGGGUGGCUCCACCCUCUUCAGCUUCAACUACUUUGGUGAGAAUGCGUAUCUGACACAGUCCUCUCAGCUCUACCUGGAGACCUGCAUCCCUGCGCUGGGCGACACCUUCUGCAUUGCCCAGUCAUACCGCGCUGAGCAGUCUCGCACCCGCAGACACCUGGCUGAGUACACCCACAUUGAGGCUGAGUGUCCCUUCAUGACCUAUGAAGACCUUCUGAACCGGUUGGAGGAUCUGGUGUGUGAUGUGGUCGAUAGGGUCCUGAAGUCUCCUGCUGCGCCGCUGCUCUACGACCUCAACCCGGACUUCAAGCCUCCCAAACGGCCGUUCAAGAGGAUGAACUACACUGAGGCAAUUGAGUGGCUGAAAAAGCACAACAUCAAGAAGGAUGAUGGGACGUUUUAUGAGUUUGGAGAGGAUAUCCCAGAAGCCCCUGAGAGACUGAUGACUGACACCAUUAACGAGACCAUUCUGCUGUGUCGUUUCCCAGCUGAGAUUAAAUCCUUCUACAUGCAGCGUUGUGCUGAGGACCGUCGCCUCACCGAAUCGGUGGAUGUGCUGAUGCCCAACGUUGGUGAGAUUGUGGGAGGCUCCAUGCGUAUCUGGGACGCUGAGGAGCUCCUGGAAGGGUAUAAGAGAGAGAAAAUCGACCCCACACCGUACUACUGGUACACUGACCAGAGGAAGUUUGGCACGUGUCCCCACGGCGGAUACGGUCUGGGUCUAGAGCGAUUCCUCACCUGGCUGCUGAACCGACACCACAUCCGUGAUGUCUGCCUGUAUCCCCGCUUCAUUCAGCGCUGCCGGCCUUAAUCACACACACACACACACACACACACACCGAAAGAGACCAACUAGGAAAUUAAUCACUCUCUUUUAUUGCUGUAGACCAUAUUUGUAUGUCGUGUUUAAAGAUACACUCAAAAAAUGGUUUAAUGUUGAUUCAUUGAUGCAUAUGAUAAUUGCAUAUAAUAAAUCAGUCCCAUCAUGCA